AUGUCUGCAAAUCCUUACCAAUUCGAACCACAAAAGAAAGUUAUAAAUAAUCACGACGAUGAUAGCAAUGGCAGUUGGGAAGACAUUCCUGACUGUCCUGAAGAGGUUGGAGAGCAAGAGCCUCAAAAUAAUCGACUACAUGUUGAACCAUCCGAAUGGUGUAAAUGUUUAUUUUGUCGUACUAUGCCAGUGAAUCGGGAAUGUUUGUGCUGCAUUGAAAUCGACGAAAUAAAGUUGAGAUAUAUUUCUGGUGAUUCGACAUGUCACUCAACACGAAGGGUUCAAUGCUGUCUGUCUAAGCCCGCAUGUGUUUGGACUGUAAUGGUCAGUCUUCAUGACAGGGAAGGAGCAUGGAUACCUAAUAAAGAUAACGUUCUGAAUCGGUAA